AAUGAUAAGGCCUGCCUUAUUCCUCGAUCAGCUUUUUGUGGAGAGUGGGCAAAAGCGUUGCGUACCCAUUUAUAGACUGGCGAGCUUGCUGUUGCCGUUGUUUUCUUCAGAACCAAGAGCGAGUCAUGAUGGAUAACGCAAAGUACACCUCUCAGGAACAGGAUCAGGCCAAGAAGCUGAGGCUGAAGUUGGAGGGAUGGCGGGAAGUGGUGCUUCCCCUCCACUCUGUCCUGCUCUGGAACCAACCAUACUACCCGGGGUGCAUCUUUGGUGCUGUCACCACAGUCUUCGUCUUGCUGUGGUAUAUGGAGCCAUCCCUGCUGACCACCUUCUCGCUGAUCGGCAUGCUGGUGUCCCUGCUCGACUAUCUCGUACCACUGCUGCUCGCUCAGCUUUGCAGUCCUGACAAGUGGACCAGUCAGCACGAGCGGCAGCUGCACGACAUAUGCCUCGAAGCGGUGCACGCGUGGCAGUCGGUGGUCAACGCGUGUGCGUCCCUCAAGAAGGCGAAACAGGACAAACCUAAGGCGUAUGUGGUGGCGGUGCUGAUCUCUCUCCUUCUGGUGGCUUGGAUUGGGAAUGCUUUUGACAACCUCUUCCUCACUUACCUCAUCGUGCUGUUCCUUGCGAUGACUCCUGGCAUGAAGCACCAUGGCAUUUUCAAGAAGUACUUCUCGGCAACCGUUCUCACCAUCAGGAAUCUCAUUGCAGACAAGAUGAAGAAGAACUAAUCUUGCUCAGCCACUCUGCCGCUGAAAGCUCUAAGCUCGAGUGACAAAAAGGAAGAAAGGAACUGCUUGCUGGCCUGCCAAUCUUUGUAAAGAGUAAAGUAUGCCAUCAAUGUAAAGAGUCUGUACAGCCCCACUCUGCUUCAGUUGUCAAAGCUUCAGCUGCUGUCCUGGAAAUCCGCCUUGCACUCCCAUACGAUCGCCGUGCCUGCGACGCACACAUUGUAUCCGGUGGAAGUGAUGAUGUGCAGAUGUAACACGGAUUGCCCUUGUUGGCUCAUCCGGCAGGCAGGACGUGUGCCACUCACGCUGCUCAAUUUAUUAUGCAGCCAUUCAUGACAUUUUUCCAUGCUUUGUUGUAGCAUUCGGCGCUCUAAAUAUUGGAUUUUUUCAUCAGUGUUUGAGUUUGUAGACAAUUAAUGGGGCAUGUUCACACUGACAACUUGCAAAGACUCGCGUGGCCUGUGCUUACAAUUCGCAGCCUGUGAUGGCACUCGUGUCUGUUGAAGGUGCCGAACAAGGCAGCUAUAAUUUGAUGUUCUUUCUAUUACGCAUUCUGCGACUCUGUGGGCCAUGAAGCAGGAGCCGUUUUGAGGAUGAGCUUUGCGACACUGUGUGCUUGCUUCAGAACACUCGUUGAAUCUACUGAAUCUGUUACAUCGAAUGCAGUGGCCAUCUAUUGCUUUAGGUUGAAUCGACAGAGCUUGUCAUUGAUAAAUAGGUGCUCCAUUUAAGUAAUGGCAGACAGCAUUUUUGUGGACUGCAGGAACUGCUUAGCACAAAAAGAAAUUGGGCAAACGUUGUAAUUUUAAUGUUAGACCAAAGUCGUGCUUGGUAACUUUUAAUUUAUUAAUGCAAGACCACUGUGUUCUUCGCAAUGCAAGCCAUGCUUUUGUCAAGCUACACUGUUUGAAUACUGUCAUCCAGGUGGCAACUUGUUGAUCUGAACAUGCCCUUUGUGUUCAUUUUUUUAUCUUGUCAAUGGUGCCUUCCUUUUUUUGUAUCAACAUCUCUGGGUUGGAUUGCAUUUGUUAGUUAAAGUAUUCAUUAGUGUGCAAAGGUGGGGCACCUCAGUCGGGAAUUUUUUUUUACUUCAGGAUUAGUAUUAAUGGGCAAUAUUGAUAAGCAAAAAAAAGCUUUCUCUUUGUUGGUGUGGUUCAGUUCAAAGCCUAGUCAGCACUCCUUCUUCAGCUCUAGCUUUUGUACAGUGAACAUUAGAGAGUGUUUUAUAACUCAAGCAAAAUGUCGAUCAAAAGUUUUAAUGUAAUCAAACAUCUCUCAAUCUCUGUGUAGAGCAAUCAAACUCUUCUACACUGCUUGAAGCCUUCUGGCACUUGCAGCGCAUUCUCCCUCCAACUUAUACAGGUAUGGAAAUGUAAUAAGUGAAUAUCAAAGCAAACAGUGAACAAUAUUUAUUUUUCUGUGCACUAGUAGCUUCAAAAACAGAGGUUUCCCAGUGUUGCCUCUCUUCAGCAAUGUUUCUUUUCAAGUGGCACUGUUGGAGAGUCUUGAAAGGGACACUAAAGGUAACUAUUAAGUUGAUGAUGAUUAUUUAAAUGGCGGUUCAGAAACCUUGUAGUGUUAGUUUUGUGCCAAGGAAGUGCUUAUUUUGAAAUAAAAAUCACGUUUUCGUGGUCAGCAUCCGGUUAGCGCACUUCAAAUUACCCGCCCGAACGGAACGUCUCGGGUCACUGUUGCCCGGCUUUAUUGCACGGCCGCCGACACUAGUAGAAGCAGAACGAAAGCAGCAGGAGCCACAGCAGCAACAACGGCAGUUCCGACAAUUUCCUGCAAUUCGCUCAGAGAUCGCAGGCGUUAUUGUUUCAACUGGGCCCCGCUAGAUGGCAUGACCUGUCGAGUUUAAUCAUGCGAAAAUUGAACUUAUGAACCACUCGCACCAUUCCCCAUAGUAACGUCCGGUGGUUCUUUUUUCUAUUAAUCAAACAGAAACGAACAAGCAGCAUUUCAUUGCAUCUCUUGAUGCACGGAAGGUUCUUUAUUUAGUGCAGCUAGUUCAAUUACUAGUGUUUAAUUGUAGACAGUUCGCCUAGCGUAAUUGGGAGCAUUUUGAGAAUGUCCUACUGCGGUGCAUGUAUUCUUGUGCAUUUACCAUAAUUUCUCGGUAAGUAGGGCACUGCUGUUGAUAGUAUUGUCGUUUUAGACGUUGUCAUACAUUGAGCUUUCACACUGAUGUAAAUUGUUAUUUGACUUUAGUGUCCCUUCAAAUGUUAGCUGCACUUUCCAAAUUGUGGUAUGUACAACUUCCGAUAUUUUUUCUAAUUAUAUGUUUUUAACACUGAUAUAAAGUGCUGUGGAUGUUGCUGCAACUUUACAAUUUGUAUAUGCAGGGCUUUUUUUUUUUGUGCUACUUAUAGCAUAUCACAUCGUUUUAUCUAAAUGUGCUAUUUUUUAGGUAUAUUUCUUUAUCAUAUAUCAUGAUGCCAUGUAUGGCAAAGCAGUGGACAUUAUGUAAAUGCAAUUGUGAGACCCAGUUUCAGUGUGUGAAUCGUGCUUUAUAUGUCCUGACUUCUGAGCGGCUUGUAAAGAUUGUCUGGUACUCGCCACUUUCCCUUCCCACCAAGUUAUCUUUGCAAUUGCAGAAGAAAGAUAAGAUUAGAUAACCUUGACACUAGCAUGUGGGUUGUGAGAAUAGGGCUCCACAGUAUAGUUAAAUGCCAAAGCUCUCCUCUUAUUGCUGCGCUGUCUGCCCAGAGCUGUGCACCUUGAAUAUUGCGAGGCAGAAAACUAGCUCGUAAAGUAAAGGACGCCUUCUUAAGAUAAAAGUGAUAGCAUGUGUGAUUGACGUAGCUUCGCGUGUACGUAGUUGCAUGUACGAAUAGCUGGCAAAACCCACCUCUUACAGCACAGGUGCAGCUAACGUACUUCUGAAUGUGCCCACUGUCACAGCUUACUACCGUUCGCAAACAUUUAUUUUCAGUUCCUCGUGUUCAUCUUGUUUCUCCAUGGACAUUUCUGAUGUAAGGAUUGUUUCUUCUGAUCGUGGUACUUUUGCUUAAGACAUUACAUGAAGUAUAGUUCAAGCAUAUCUGUAGAUCUUUUGACCGAGGUUUUAUAAUCAGUGCAGUCUUCUUUUUCUUUUUUUUCUUUUUCUACAUUGAGUUAGCGCAAGUCCUUAGUUAAGGUUUCAGUGAGAUUGUGGAAACUGUGCGUGCGUGUGUGAAUGAAUAGUACAAAUAUGUUGUGUUGUACAUCUUUAUGUGUGCUGACACUCACUGUUGUGUGCAGUCUGUACCGAUCAACUGUAGGGUGUGAAAAGAAAAAAAAAGUGUCACUUUUGCCAGACAAUAAAACUGUAAACUGUAUUUGUUUGA